AUGAAGGAUAACAUCGUCAACCCGCCGGAGAAGGAUCUGAAUUGGAUCAUGACUGUAGACCUCCCUGACCUUGGUCAGGGAGGUCUUGAGGAAAAAAACCGAUCAAAAUCGACCACUCAAUUGUUGAUUGCUCUAACAAAGGAAAAUCCUGCCAUCACGACUCCCAAGCGCAGCAGCAAGCGAAACCCUUCAGAAACCGCCGAGGAUGGCGCAAUGAAAGGCCGCUUGCUCUUCCCAUCUGAAGUUCCCCAAGGCCAGGACGUCACGGUCAACACUCGCCCAAAUCCGACCACUCCUUUGUCAAUCGAGUUAACUAAGGACAAUCCGCGUGAUCCCACAACUUCAAAGAGCCAACGCAAGCAUCCCCCUCCUUCCAAAACCGCCAAGGAUGGCGCAGUACAAGGACCAUCGCUUGUUGCCUACAUCACAAAACUCAAGAUGUCAAAGUUUCACAGGCUCUACAAGAAGGCUUGGAGACAGGAGAUGUUUGCUCUCGCAACGGCCCAACGCGUUAUCACUACUGAAGAAAAGUCGCCUUGCUUUUGGGAAAUUUUGCUCAUGUUCGACCCAACAUUAAUUGUUCCCCGCGCCGAGCCGUUGACUUGGAUGUGGCGAACGGCAUCCGAAUUCUUUGCUAAUCCUGCUAUCAUUCCUCACAUUGUGGAGGAAUUUGAGCGACGAAAACGAGAGCUACAAAUAGCCAAAGCUCAGUCCAAGUUUCCACCAAAACAAGGUUGGAACCAGACCAAACUUCUUCGCUAUUUACACACAACAACAAUCCUAUUUUAUGACAUCUGCGCUGCCCAUCAGAAGUGGCCACCAACCAUGGGCUCAAAUGACGAAAAAUCACAAGAGUGGGCUUUGAAAUCGACAAGGACUGCACCUGAGCACGCUCAGGAAGGUCUGGAGGCAACAACCCGAUCGAAUUCUACCACCCUAUUGACGGUUGACCUUGUGAAGGACAACCCCUGUGAACACAAAUUCUCCAUGUUGUACAGCAUAUUUGUCUUGUUUCUUUCUCUGGAAAAGAUACAGCAGACCGAUUUUCUUGGUCUACCCUUCCAAAUCCCCACCAACAGAGUGGGAGUGCCAAUCUGCCCAUUGACAGAUGACUUGAGAGAAUUACAUCCAAUUCUUUCCUUGGAAAAGGUACCCACAAAAUUCCUCUGUAUCCCAGGAGAAAUCCUUGCAUCUUGUUUGUACUUCCCCACCAACAGUGGGAGCGCCGAUUUGUCCCCUGACAUGAUCGACUAG